UGUAGUAUUAUCUUCCAUUAUUAGUGCCUGUAAACAUGGCAGCGGCUGAUAAUUCAGAAGCUAUUAUAGCAAGGAUCAUCGAAUUAGCAAAGACCAAGCAGAGUGGAAUAUCAAAUGAUGACAUCAAGACAUGUUUCGGUGAAAUUUCAGCAGAAAUCCUUCAAAAUGUCAAUAAAUUAAUACAAUCACAAGUCCUGGAAGUGCUGAAAGGCAACUCAGGCACUCUCGUCUAUCGAUACAAAGAUCCAGCAAAGAAAUCAACAGUCUCGGCUGAUAUGGAUAAUGAUGAACGAAUCAUUUAUAAUAUUAUCGAGGCUGGAGGCAAUACUGGAAUCUGGGUAAAGGAAAUAAGAACAAAGUCUAACUUGAUGAUGACUCCACUAACAAAAAUACUCAAAACCCUCGAAAAUAGAAAGCUAAUUAAAGCUGUAAAGUCUGUGAAUGCUAGUAAAAAGAAGGUCUAUAUGCUGUUUGAGCUGGAACCAGCUAGAUCCAUUACUGGCGGUGCUUGGUAUCAAGAUUCUGAUUUUGAGUCUGAAUUUGUAGAUGUAUUAAAUCAGCAGUGCUUAAGGUUUUUACAACAGAAACGAGUAGAAGCAAAGAAGCUAAAAUUAAGUCCAUAUGAGGUACAAAUGAAGUCAUUAUGUACCGUUGUGGAAGUACAGGAAUUUAUCAAAAAGUUAGGAAUCAGUAAAAUUGAAUUAACUGAGGAAGAUCUAGAGACAAUUUUAAAGACAAUCGUAUAUGAUGGGAGAGCACAAAGAGUUCUACAAACGGACGGAUCAUACCUUUAUAAAUCAACAGACACGCUAUUACCGGCAGAAGGAAUCGUUCAAAAUCCUUGCGGCAUUUGUCCCGUCAUUCAACAUUGUAGUGAUGUAGGAAGUAUUACCCCAAAAUCAUGUGUUUACAUGAGCGAAUGGUUGGAAUGAAUAAAGUCUCUCAAAUUUUAAAUCCAGGC